AUGACCUCAGAAAGCUGGUCACCGAAGGUCAGCGAGAUCCGGUGUGCGCAGCGUAAGGAAGGCUCCGCCGCCGUGCUGGCUAUUGGAACCGCAAACCCAGCCAACCAAGUGUCCCAGGAAGAGUACCCUGACUACUAUUUCCGUGUUACCAAGAGCGAGCACCUUACUGACCGCAAAGACACAUUCAAGAUAAUAUGUGGUCUAACGGGCCUGGAGAAUCGUUUCUUUUACCACUCGGAGGAACUACUCAACUCCCACCCAGAGUUGCUGGACCGCACGUCGCCUUCCCUCGAGGCUCGGCAGGAUAUCGUGGCCAAGGCUGCUCCACAGCUGGCGGCAUCAGCCGCAAGGAAGGCCAUCGCAAAGUGGGGCCGUCCGGCCACUGACAUCACCCACGUCGUAGUCAGCACCAACGAUGUCGGCGCCCCAAGCGUCGACGUAUUCUUGGUUUCACUCCUUGGCCUUCGCACCAACGUCCGCCGUACGAUGCUCCAGCUUACCGGCUGCUCUGCCGGGUGUGCAACAUUGCGCCUGGCCAAGGACCUCGCUGAGAACAACCAUGGCGCACGCGUCCUCGUUGCAUGUGUGGAGCUCUCCAUUGCUGGGCUCUGUAGCCCCGGCGAAGGCGAGAGCUUAGACGCCCUCAUUACUCAUGCACUGUUCGGUGAUGGGGCCGGUGUGGUUAUCAUCGGCGCGGAUCCCGUUCACCCGGUCGAGCAGGCGUUGUUUGAGUUGGUGUCAGUUUCCCAGACCGUCGUUCCCAGAACCGAGCAUAUGCUCACCCUGAGGAUGGGGAGCUACGGCAAUCAUGGCAAAGUUUUCACCAAACUGACCCAAGUGGUGGCACAAAACAUCGAACAAUGUCUGAUGGAAGCAUUUGGUCCAACUGGCUUGAUCGUCGACUGGAAUGACCUCUUCUGGGCAGUGCACCCCGGCAGCCGUUUGAUGUUGGACCAAAUUGAUGAGACCCUCAAGUUGGCGCCCACAAAGCUAGCAGCAAGCCGAACAAUUCUACAAAACUACGGGAACAUGUUCAGUGCCACCGUGAUCUUCGUCCUUGAUGAGCUCCGGCGCCGAAUGGAGGAAGGAGAACCAGCAGACUGGGGGGCCAUGGUGGGAUUUGGACCAGGUUUCACCAUGGAGACGGUGGUGCUGCGCGCAACUGGCUUUUUAAAGAAAAGUUAG